GUAUAAGUUCAGUAGCACGCGGCUGGUCAACAACAGAGAGUUUCAGACUUGCAGAUGCGCGGAAGGACGAGAGGGACACACACCUGUUUCCUUGCGUCCGUUCAUUGUUAAACACCCCGCGCGCUGUAUCGGUAAAGCACUUAUACCGUUAUAUCUGCUGUCGGGCCGUCAUAAGGAUGCGCGCGCUCUCCGUCAUUGUUUUGUUCGUGUUUAUCGGCGGGUCCGCGGCCGAUACUCCUGCAAACUGCACCUAUGAGGACCUGCUGGGCACCUGGAUCUUCAGUGUGUCUGAUGUGGGUCAGGAUCGGACCAUCGACUGCUCCAGCACAGGGAAGCCGGUGACAACAGUGACUGUGGACCUGCAGAAGUUGUCUCUAGCUGUGGAUGAUCUGGGACACACUGGCUUCUUCACGCUCAUCUAUAACCAGGGGUUUGAAGUGGUGAUCAAGGACUACAAAUGGUUCGGGUUUUUCAAGUAUACCCAGCAGGGUUCAGAGGUGACCAGUUACUGCGAUCAGACGCUGCCCGGUUGGGUUCAUGAUGUUUUGGGGAAUAACUGGGCCUGUUUCACUGGGAAGAAGGUGCAGCCCAUCCCCCCCCGAAUCGACCGCAAUCACAUGCUUGGAUUCGAUCACCAACUGCUCAUGAAGUUGCCUUACACAAACAACAUGGCGUUUGUGGAUCAGAUAAACUCCGUCCAGAAGUCCUGGAAAGCGACGACGUACAGUCUCCAUGAGACCUUCACUAUACAGGACAUGCUGAGAAGAUCAGGAGGACGUGCCUCCAAGAUCCCACGACGUGUCAGGCCUGUGACUGUUGCUGCAGACCGUAAGAUGGCAGCUGGUCUUCCAGAACAAUGGGACUGGAGAAACGUGAACGGGCUCAGUUAUGUCAGCCCUGUCCGCAACCAAGCUCAAUGCGGCAGCUGUUACUCUUUUGCCACUAUGGGAAUGCUUGAAGCACGAGUCCGAAUCCAGACGAACAACACCCAGCAGCCAGUGUUCAGUCCUCAGCAAGUGGUGUCCUGCUCCCAGUAUUCUCAAGGUUGUGAUGGAGGUUUUCCAUACCUGAUUGGUAAAUACAUCCAGGACUUCGGGAUUGUGGAGGAGAGCUGUUUCCCGUACACCGGAGAUGAUUCUCCCUGCAAAGUCCCUGAGAAAUGCACCCGUUACUAUGCCUCCGACUAUCACUACGUGGGUGGUUUUUACGGGGGAUGCAGCGAGGAGGCCAUGAUGCUGGAGCUGGUCAAGAACGGACCCCUAGGAGUGGCACUGGAGGUGUACUCAGAUUUCAUGAACUAUAAAGAGGGCAUCUACCAUCACACCUUCCUCCGCGACUCCAACAAUCCCUUUGAGCUGACCAAUCAUGCCGUGUUGUUGGUGGGGUAUGGGAAGUGCCAUAAGACCGGGGAGAAAUACUGGAUCGUGAAGAACAGCUGGGGAUCCAACUGGGGCGAGAACGGGUUUUUCAAGAUCCGCCGUGGAACGGAUGAGUGUGCCAUUGAGAGCAUUGCUGUAGCUACUACGCCAAUCUCCAAACUUUAAGUGCGUGUAGAUGAAUUGGCCAGUUGUAACGAGCACAGUCAAAGUCAUGUUUCUGGGCAUUUUUAUAAUCGCAAUUCUGCAGCCUAAACAAAGGGAAAACAGCAACAAAGUU